UUGGCAGCCUGCAGAAGCAAACAAAACUACUGUGUUGUUGAGGACUUUAAAAAAUCUUCAACUAGGUACUGCAUUCAAAAGCGACAUUUUGGAUAACUUUUUGGAUACCAUUCUGGUCUUGUGGAAGUGUACAAGAUAUAUCUCACCCUGAUGUCCUGAAGUUUCAUCAUCCUGAUGCCUUCUUGGAUGUUAUGUUAGUAUAAAGGUCAUAAAACUUCAGAUACAUAGAACAUGGUUGGUUGAAGAAAUCCCCCCCUCCCCCACCACACCUGACUUGUUUAGCCACUGCCCUCCCAGGGGGGCGUAGUGGGCAGUGCCACCAUGGACCUCUUAGAGUUUCUUAAAGAGGCCGAGCUCCAGGAGUAUUAUACUGGACUGAAGACAGACUUAAAGGUGCACAACGUGUCCCAGCUGAAAUAUGUGGAGGAGACUGACCUCAGUGACCUUGGAAUGACCAAGCCAGAGAUCCGACGCCUCAAGAAGUAUUACAGGAAGGAGUGCCCACAGGGGGCGCUGGGGAAGUUUAAGAAGAUCCAAGUUGCCAUCAAAUGCCUGAGUAAGGAGAGAAUGCAGACGGGGAUAGCAGACUUCCUGAAGGAGGCCACCAUGAUGCACACAGUGGACCAUGACAACAUAGUCCGGCUGUAUGGUGUGGUGCUGGACAGCUCCUCUGAGGCACCACUGAUGCUGGUGACGGAGCUAGCCCCAAUGAGGUCACUACUGGAGUGUCUCAAGGACACAUCUGCGCACCCAAACUUUCCUGUCACCACACUGUGUGAGUACGCAACCCAGAUUGCCAAAGGAAUGGAGUACUUGGAGACGCGGAGGAUGAUCCACAGGGACCUGGCUGCUAGAAAUAUACUGGUGUUCUCAAAAACUAAGGUAAAAAUUAGUGACUUUGGAAUGUCACGGGCUCUGGGUCUAAGCAGGGAUUAUUACCAGACCAACUUCAAUGUCAAUCUCAAGUUGCCAAUAGCUUGGUGUGCCCCAGAAUGCAUCAACUACCUACGGUUCACUACGGCGUCGGAUGUGUGGGCGUUUGGUGUCACGCUGUGGGAGAUGUUCAGCUAUGGUCUCCAGCCCUGGGGCGGCUUCUCUGGACAACAGGAUAGUGAUGGACAAACGUCUCUCAAAGCUUUAGAAUUAACAACCAAGAUCCUUGAAGCCAUAGAUGAGCCAAACUGUAGGAGGCUGGAGCAGCCAGACUGUUGCCCCAAGGAGUUCUACGGGCUGAUGUUGAAGUGCUGGGAGAAUGAUCCUGGCAGGAGACCCACCUUCCUGGAGAUAGCUGCCAUGUUACCACAGAUCCAGCCAACCACUAUGACAGCAGAGAGGGACAGCUCCAAUACGGGAAAAGACUUCCUGGUGUACAGUGAAGGAGACGUGGUGACGGUACUGGACAGAAAGUAAGGAAAUAUUUCUUUCCUGAUUUCUUUGUUUUUAUCGAAUUUCAUGUUCUGGUGGCUAUGGUUUCUAAGAAUGUCUGUCAGAAAAGAAUGGUGUCAAAAGUGGGCUACAGUUGACUUGAAGUAGAAUAAUUCUCUUCCUCCUCAGUGUCACAUUCUAGAUAUGCAGGCCUGGAAAUGUGUCAGAUGAAUUUCUUUUAAAGAAAAAAAUAAAGGAGGAAAUAUUAAGAGAAUACAGGCAAAGUCAAAAUGUAUGUCUGAACAAAUGACAAGUAUGAUGUUCAUUGUGCUCUGUGUUUCUACAUUCAUUGAAGUGCUACUGUGUUUGUAUGUUUUGAAUAGAGCAGCACUUUGAUCACUUUGGUUAGACUUAAAACACCUCCAAAUGCAUCUAUUAGCUUUUCAGCAAAUGAAUGAUAAACAGUUAAUUUCUCCAUAACCUGUUUAAAAAAAAUAAGUGCAA